AUGCGCCGAGGUCGAGUCGGCCGAUGGAGUAUAACGUUCCACCCUGGAGUAGGACCCGUACCUAAUACCCGUACACCAGGUGGAUGGCAACCAUACUCAGCUAUAAUCAAUGGACGAUUUAAGCUUCAGCCGGGAGACAGAGAUAGGCGUCUAUCAAUUGAGGUGUGGGACUGGGAUCGGACGUCAAGAAACGACUUCAUGGGAAGCUUGUCGUUUGGAAUCUCAGAACUGCUCGUCGAGUCGGCUUCCGGAUGGUUCAAACUUCUUAGCGCGGAGGAAGGCGAAUACUACAACAUCAAUAUCCCUCCUGAGUAUGAAGAGGAACUGGAAAAAGCACGCAGACGCAUAGAGGAUUUGAAGGUCGGCCUAUCGCCUGCAUUCGAGAGUACGCGAUCAGAGAAACCGUUCACACUGGCACUCCGUGGAGGCGCAGGAGGAUUCCUUCAAUUCGCGAUUGAAAUACGACUCGAUGUACGGACCAAUCUAAAGAAAGUGUGGAAGGCGAUCGACUGCGACGUUGGAUUCGUCGUGGUUGCAGAGGAUGACGCAGCUUUAAAUGCCAAAAAUGCAAGUGAUGUGGAAUGGACGACAUUCGGAGAGCGUUCACGAUUCUGGGUAGGUGUCAAUGAGGCCGUGGUAGUAGUUGGUUGA